UGUCAUUUUAAGUUACAGUAGUAUAAAUAUAAUUGUGAACAAACAAACUAAAAGGGAAAAUUUAUUUAUCAUUAUUUUGAUUUGUACAAAUUCAAAAAAUGGCAAAUGAAAACGAACUCGAAGUCAUAUGUCGGACUUGCUUAGCUGAAACACAUUCGUUCAAAUGUAUUUACAAAGUUGGUAUGCUCUGUGGAGAGAUAACAACUUUGUCUGCAAUGUUAAACGAAUGCACAUCUAUCGAGUUUAAUGAAGAUGAAGAGGAUCUACCCCGAUUUAUAUGUAAUAAAUGUGUACAACAACUCACCAAAACCUACCUCUUCCGUCAAAAUGUAAUCAGAGCAAAUGAAACCCUAAGAGAACAACAUCAUAGUAUGAAAAAUGAAGAAGGAGUCCACGGUACUUUGUAUUACUACGAGCAAGCACCUUCAAAUAAUGGCGAACCUAUGGAACACGACGAAGAACAGAUUCAAGAAAUAACCGAAGACGAAGAUGAAGAACAAAAUGUUGGCGAUGAAGAGGAAGUAUUAGAGGUACAAGAAGAAGACGACCAAACAAGCCAAGAUGUUGAAAAUAUCGAAAUUGACAGUAAUUCCAUUAAAAUCGAACUAAACGCAAAUGAAACAAGCCAUUAUGAGUUCGCAAUAUUAGAAAGUAGUGAAAACCAAAUGAUGAUCGAACGCAAUGAAGAAGUCAUCGAUGAUACAAGUCAAACGAGUUCAUUCAAAGAGGAGAAAGACCACAAACUACCAAUGAAUAUACGAAUGCGUCGUAGACGCUCCGUUCCCGGACCACCGUUUAAGUGUGAAAUAUGUGGCAAAAAUCUAAGUAAUCACAGUUCGUACAAGUAUCAUAUGCAAUUGCAUUCUGACGCAACUCCAUUCCUCUGCAGCCAUUGUGGGGAAAAAUUCAAGACGAGAAAUGCCUACGAUGGUCAUAUGACAACACAUGAUAGUAAAAAUCCAAAUAUGUGUACAAUUUGUGGAAAAAUUUACCGCCAGCCGAGCUCACUACGGACUCACAUUCUUACUCACACUGGGGAGAAACCUUAUUUGUGCGGAAUAUGUGGUAAAGGAUUGACUCAAAAAUCUGGAUUUAAGAAACAUAUGCUGGUACACACGGGCGAGAAACCGUUUAGUUGCGAUGUCUGUGGCAAAGAAUUUCGAUACUCUAGCAAUCUUAUAACACACAAACGUUCACACACUGGUCUGAAGCCAUUCGAGUGUAAGCAAUGCGAAAAGAAGUUCUCAAGUGGCGAGCAACUAAAGAGACAUCUUUUGAUCCAUUCCGGAGAGAGGCCAUUUUCAUGCGACACUUGCCAAAAAUCAUUUAACAGGAGGAGCACGCUCAUAGUUCACAAACAGAUUCAUAGAGAUAAGUCAACUGUACAUAUUAAAGAUGAGAAAUAAAGUCUUUGUUUUUUUUUUUUUUUUGUAUAAAUUU